CUGAGUGUCAUCAAUAUAUAAACACUUAUACAUAUAUCAACAAACCAUUAAUAAAAGUGGAUUUAUUUGUUUAUCAAUAAACGAGAAUGUAUAUUGGAUCGGCUUACCGUGCUCUGUUUAUUAUUAUUUAUUCAAUUAAAUUACAAGCAUUCGUGCAAGAUGGCUACAUUGGCUGCUUUAAAGAUUACCACAGCAGAGUUCUUGACGAGAGGAAAACAGACUUCAACCGUAACAGCGGAAAGAGAUGUAAAAAAUUUUGUAGAGGACAUGGAUAUAGAUAUGCUGGAACUGAGACCGGAACAGAAUGUUUUUGUGGAAAUGAGAUUAGGUUUAAGAUUCCAGCUAGUAACUGUGAUUACAAAUGUGAAGGUAAACCCUCGGAAUUCUGCGGUGGCGACUGGCGGAUUUCUAUAUAUGACACUGGGUGUAGAUUGUGCCAACGGACCAUGUCUAAACGGCGCCACAUGCGUGGAGAUAUUUACAGACGUUUACAGAUGUAUAUGCACUGACGAAUGGACAGGAACAUAUUGCGAAAACAAGAAACCGAAAACAACAGUGAAUUCGCUUUCAACAACAACAACAAAAAUAACCACUAGUACUGCUUUUUAUAAGAAAACCAGUACCGCCUCCGGAAAGUCGACUGAUGGUUCAAGCAGAGAAUACAGGACAAAUGUGACAGAUAGUACUUAUAUAAAUCCUACAGAUUCAGGAAAUAAUGGUAUGAUUGCCGUGUAUGUUCUGGUUCCACUUAUUGCAAUUACUCUAGCCAUCCUUUUUGCAGUUUUUAUCUCACGAAAAAGUACAUUGAAGUGCCUGCGCACGUUAGAUGUUGAACAGGAAUCUAACCAGAACGCUUCCAAUUACUAUGAAAACACGAAACACUACAGACAAUUGGGUACAGAGAGAUCGCAGCAAUCAGACACUGAAUAUAAAGGUAGCAGAGAUGGUCAACGUAUAAAGAUAGAAUCUUCAGGUGUCACAUAUUACAAUACUGUUGACGGUACGAAGGGCUUCGAAGUUCAACGUAACUACGAGAAUGUGAAAAAUUCAUGGAUGUCUAUUGGAGGUGAAUCACGAAACAAAACUGAAGCCCAUUGCGAGUCCAGUUCUAAUACCGCUUCGCUUCAGUGUUAUGAAUCUCUACGAAAAGACACGCAAGAUAAAGACAACAGUUAUGACUGCUUGAAGAUUAAGAAAUGAUUUGAAUGGAAUUUUGAAUCAAUUAUUACCAAAUCGUGCCGAGUGUGAAUUAUUAUAGACACUUAACGUGCGUCGUCCGUCCGUCAUCACUCCGUCAUCGGUUGGCAUCAACUAUUCAGUCUUGUAUGUUUCACACGGAGGAGGCUGACGCGACUACGCCUUGUUGUUCUUUGGGUGGCUCCAUCUCACUGUUGUUUUAGAAGGCUAAGCUUGCUUGGUUACUCAUGGGACAGCCAGAGGUAAAAAUAAAAAUAAAUAAAUAUAUAGCAUUUCCCAAAA